AUGUCUUCGGAUGAUCUAGUAGUUGGAGAAUAUGUUAGUACUGAACUUGAUCGAUCGGAUGAUCUAGGAAUUGAUGAACCAGCGAAGUGGAAAUUCAACAAAACGCAAGACCAGGGAAGGCCAUUGCCAAAGUUUGGUGAGUGGGAUGUGAACAAUCCUGCGUCUGCAGAAGGAUUCACUGUCAUCUUCAGCAAAGCGAGAGAUGAGAAGAAAUCGGGUGCUGGAGCUGGGGCUGGAUCAGCUUCACAAAGGAAAACUAAUUCUUCUCAAGCAAAUAGUCAAAAAAAAGAUUUUGCUGUUUCUGAGACCAAUGAUGGCUUUGGGGGCUUAUCAGAUUAUGCAAAUUUGUCCAUGAAGUUCUUCAAGUUCGCAUUUCAGGUUGAGAGUGGGGAAUGA